AUGGAAGCCUGCAAAUUACCAAUGGAUACGCUGAUUGACAUUUUGGCGAGGUUGCCGGUAAAGUCUCUUAUGCGAUUUAAAAGUGUUUGUAAAUUUUUCUAUGAUUUAAUUAAAAACAAUCAUCAAUUCAUGGACAAACACUAUGAAUUUAGAAAGGGAAAAAGCCAUUGUGCUGUUAUCGAGUUUGAGCCUGCCAGUACUGUUCCCCAGCCCCUGCCUAAUUAUUUAUUUAACUUGAUUUACAAAGAAUCAGAGUGUGAUGAUGUGAUAUGCAUAUACCUAGACCUGCCAAAUUCAAAUACAAGGUUUGUCAAGUGUUGUGAUGGUAUGCUAUGCCUGAUUCUAUGCAGGGGAGAUUUGGUUAGAUCUGAUAUAGGUCAUAUCAUUUCACCCGACAUCAUUUUUGAUGUUUUGGUAUUGAACCCAUUCACUAGAGAAGUCAAGGUCUUGCCUUUUAUUAAGGUUCCGGACAAACCACCUAACAUACAGCGUCUAGAGAUACAAUUUGGAUUUGGAUUGUCUAAUAACAUGACCUGGAAGGUUAUCAUGCUUUUGAGUUUUGAAGAUGCAAAUCGGAAAAUAGAUAGUCAUGAGAUUGUAAUGGUUUGUAGUCAGGUAGGUGAUUUGUGGAGCUGGAGAAAAAUUGAUGUGGCUCUCGAUUCUCUAUAUUUGGGUUCUCUUUUUGAUACUCGGGAUUUUUAUUUGAAAGGAAAAUAUUAUUGGCAGAGUAUUAAAGGUCAUUUGGUUUGGUUUGAUAUAGAUGAUGAGGUUUUCGGUAAGAUUGAGCGCCCCUCUAAUGUUAAAGGUCUUGAUUUCUAUACAGUCAUGAGUGAGUGUAUUGUUGUGGUUACUGUGCAGCUACCGUGUACGGAAAAUGAGGUCUGUAAUGAGAUUUGGGUAAUGGAUGAAAAUAAUAAUAAUAUUAGUUGGAAUAAACAAACAAGUAUAUUCUCUAGCAGGGACAUGCUUGAAUAUUUUGAUCCGAUUGGAUUUUGGGAUCCGAGUGGCCAUUUCCUUGUGGUUUCAGGUCAUAUGGAAAGAAGGUAUACUAAUUCUAAUUACUAUUAUCCUGACUAUCAUGAUGAAGAGUUAUAUUUCAAGGAUGGUUUUGGACCGAAUCUAAUUUCUAUUGAUUUGAAAACUCACGAAAAGAAGACUAUUUUUACAAGUCAAGAAAGGAUAAGUACUCUUACAAUUGGUUUGAAUCCCGCUGGGCAUGUUCAAGUUUGCAGUGAGAGGAGUGUUAAUCAAAUUCAAGAAUGGAACGAUAUAAAUAUUCUUUGGGAUAUGGCAUCAUAUUUUCGAACUUUCCAUGAGAGUUUGAAAUUACUGUAG